CUUUUCACCCCCUGGACGGCAAGUCAAGAGAGUUCCCAGCUCUUUCUAGAGCAACAUUAUAAAUAGCCUCAUUUGAGAUAAAGUGUCCAUCUACCUAUCCUCUAUUUCCUAAGAAGUUUCCAUCUACCUAUCCUCGAUGUCCACUCCAAUUAGUUGUAAUAGUAGGAUUUUGAUUUUAGUUUUGUUGGCAAUUUCUCUUGUUUAUGGAAAUGCAAGAAGUCUAUCCAAAGAAGAAUACAUGGAAUUGAAGGCACAGCUCAAGGUUCUUAAUAAGCCUGCUGUCAAGAGCAUUCAGACUGAACAUGGCGACAUCUUCGAUUGUGUGGACAUGUAUAAGCAACCUGCUUUCGAUCAUCCUUUGUUGAAGAAUCACACUAUCCAGAUGAGGCCCACUUCCUAUCCAGAAGGGAUGGAAAAUCAAGACCCUUUAAAUGCCAAUCUACAUAUUGGGCUUAAGGAUGGUGGAUGCCCACUUGGGACUGUACCCAUUCGACGGACUAAAAUGCAAGAUUUAAUGAGAACAAAAUCUCUCUCUGAUUUUGGUCGAAAAAAUGUAGAAAAUGGGUCCCAACUCAACUCCCCAUCUGGUCAUCACUAUGCAAUUGCAAACUUGCGUGAUCAGGUGCUAGGAACCCGAGUGACUAUGAAUGUGUGGGACCCAAUACUUCAAGAUCCAAGUCAAUUCAGUUUGGCCCAGUUAUGGAUUGUCAAUGACCAAUCAGAUCAACUCAAUACGAUAGAGGCUGGAUGGAUAGUAUAUCCUGGAUUAUUUGGCCACUCGAAUCCACUGCUAUUUGUGUAUUGGACAGCAGAUGAUUACAGGAGUACAGGCUGCUACAAUCUAUUGUGCGCUGGUUUUGUACAAGUUAGCAGAGAUAUACCCGUUGGCUCUACCAUACAACCAACUUCUACCUACGAUGGAUAUCAGACGGAAAUCACCCUCCAAGUAUUCAAGGAUCCAAAUAGUGGUGAUUGGUGGCUGACAAUAGGAGACAAUAACAUACAAGUGGGCUAUUGGCCAAAGUCCCUGUUCACAACCUUAGCUGACAGUGCAUCUUUAGUUCAAUGGGGUGGUGAAAUAGUCACAACUGAAAGCACCCAAAGCCCUCAGAUGGGCAGCGGCCAUUUUCCUGAUGAAGGGUUUAGAAAGUCCUGUUAUUUGAAAAAGCUGAUGUUUGUGGACAACACCAACACCUUUAAAGACAUCCCUGACAACACCUUUCUCUACGAAGAUUUGACUCAGUGCUACAGAGUGAUUGAUGGUGGGAACUUAGGUGGCGAUUGGGGUAGGCAUUUCUAUUUUGGUGGGCCAGGUGGAUUUUUGUUGGCAAUUUCUCUUACAUAUGGAAAUGCAAGAAGUCUAUCCAAAGAAGAAUACAUGGAAUUGAAGGCAAAGCUCAAGGUUCUUAAUAAGCCUGCUGUCAAGGGCAUUCAGACUCAACAUGGUGAUAUCGACUGUGUGGACAUGUAUAAGCAGCCUGCUUUCGAUCAUCCUUUACUGAAGAAUCACACAAUCCAGAGAGAUGGUUACGGGACGGGCUGCUACAAUCUAAAGUGCCCUGGUUUUGUACAAGUUAGCAGAGAUAUAGCCGUUGGCUCUACCAUACAACCAUCUUCUACCUACAACGGAGAUCAAAGGGAAACCACCUUCCAAGUAUUCAAGGAUUCAAGUACUGGUAAUUGGUGGCUGAUAUACGGAAACACUCAAGUAGGCUACUGGCCCAGGUCACUCUUCACAAGCUUAGCUGACAGUGCCUCUCUAGUUGAAUGGGGUGGUGAGGUGUAUACUGAAAGCACCCAAAACCCACCGAUGGGUAGUGGCCAUUUUCCUGAUGAAGGGUUCAAAAAGGCCUCUUAUAUGAAAAAGCUGAUGUUUGUGGACAACACCAACACUUUAAGAGACAUCCCCAGUAACAGCCCUCUCUAUCAAGAUUUGCCUCAGUGCUACAAGGUGAUUGAUGGUGGUAACUUAGGUGGGGAUUGGGGUAGGCAUAUCUAUUUUGGUGGGCCAGGAGGAUGCUAGAGUUGUGAUGGACGGUGGAUUUUCAAUGUUUUUAUGCACUGUAAGCUAGACUCAUAUAUGGGUUUUCUAAAUAAGUAAUAAAUAAAUGGGGGAUUUAUCAAAAAUUCCCUACACUGCUUUUCUUAUUUGAUUAA